ACACCAGUCAUAUUAUCUGUGCCUGGCUAGGUUCUGUGACCAUGGAUACAAUUUCCGACUUGUAAGCCCAAAACAAGAAAUAAUCUGAACCAUCAAACAGGGAGGACUCGUUCCGAAUCUAUACCCCCAGUCUUUGCUCCUGGCUUUCCUUUUCAUUUCUUUCUUUUCCCCAUAAAUGGCAAAGUUCUUGUCGCCCAGCCAUAAUAUUGUGUGACAUUGAGAGCAUGUUUGUUGACGUUAUAAUUCCGGCAUGUGGGGGAGUCGGGAGCCAGGAGAAGAACUUUGGAAAACGCGGGGAAAGCUUUGAACAGCGGAAGCAGAUUGAGUAUAAGAUCUACAAGGAGGAUAUAAUGCCAAUGAAGACAGUAUGUAAACUCUAGACUUUUCGGCUUGUGGGGGAGAAGAGAAACGUGGGGAAAGCUAGGGGGUUGAGCCCGGACUGCCAAAAUAUCAACGGCAACCACAUCGGGUAAUUCAGUAGUCAACCUGUACUCGCUUGCGAUACAGUGCCCUGAUGGUAUACACAGAAUUGUAUGUAUGAAUAUAAAUACAUAUGCUCUAUUUGCUCCUGGACAUG